CUCUUUCUGCUUCUCUAAUAAACAACUCCAAAACAACAAUUUGCUCACACAAUAUGGAUUCAGCAAGCCUCUUCGAUGUCAAGGUAAUAAAUCUGAAGCCACAAACAGAGCCAUAGCUAACCCAAUGUUUACAGGACAAAGUUGUUCUGGUUACCGGUGGUGCCAAAGGAAUAGGGCGUAUGAUUUCGGAAGGCUUCGUUUCUAAUGGAGCAAAAGUCUAUAUCUCUUCCAGAGAUGCCAAAGCCUGUGAGCAAGCAUGUAAAGAAUUGAAUGCCUUGGGUAGGUUUCCAAAACUCUUACCAAUUUCCCCUCUCCCGCUUCCAAAAGCAAAAUUUCCAUGCUGACAUCCAACCCAACACAGGCAAAGGAAGUGCCCACUCGAUCGCCGCCGACUUUUAUAAACUAGAAGACUGCAAAAAACUCGUCGACGAAUUGAGCAAACUCGAAUCCAAAUUGCACAUCCUAGUCAACAACUCGGGCUCCAACUGGGGAGCACCAUACGACACCUUCCCCGACGCAGCCUGGACCCGAGUCCUAACCCUCAACCUCACCCGCGUCUUCACGCUCACCCAAGGCCUCACGCCCCUCCUCACUGCAGCAUCCACGCCCCUCGACCCAGCACGAAUCAUCAACAUCGGCUCCGUCGACGGGAUCCGGGUGCCCUCUCUAGAAACGUUCUCCUACUCCGCCAGCAAAGCCGGUUUACAUCAGUUGAGCAGGGUGCUCGCGAAUCAUCUGGGAAAGCGCAAUAUUACUAGUAAUGUGCUGGCUUGCGGACCGUUUCAGAGUAAAAUGAUGAAGGCUACGCUGGAGGCUAAGGGGGAGGAGAUCAAGAGGGGGAUUCCGCUGGGACGCAUUGGGCGGCCGGAGGAUGUUGCGGGGGCUUGUUUGUUUUUGGCUAGUAAGGCGGGGAGCUUUGUAAAUGGGGCGACGAUUGCGUUGGAUGGAGGGAGUUUAGUGGGGUCGAAGUUGUAGAUUAUUGGAGAGGAGAAUGUAUGAUUUAGGGAUGGGAGAUCUUGUAGCUAUUGGAUG